AUGAGAUAAACAGCCCUAAAGCUUGUGAUUUGCGCUUUUGCAGUAUCAGCCAUCGCCGCUAACGAAUCUUGGGAACUCAGAGGAGAUGCUUACCAAGCAAAAUCCGCCGAGGAAAAACACGACAUCAUCUGGAACAAAGUUACUGCUGAUGAGACUUCCCAAGCAUGGAAAGGAGCAGCAGGAUUAGCUGGUUUUGUAGCUGAGUCAAUGGCUCCAACUCUUGAUUGGGUUGCCGAUUCAAUGCCAACUGGUUUCUUUGGAAAGAGAGAAAAGUAUAUCCACACCCAAGGAGUAGUUGGAUCAGUCAAAUUCGUACCAGUCCCAAACAACGAGGGCUACACUGGCAUCUUCCAAGGUGCUGAAUACGGUAUCAUUAGAUUCUCAACAGGAGGACAAGCAGAUGAGACCAAGAAAGACGCCUCUCAAGCUCAAGGCAACUUCGCCCCAGGCUUCGGCCUCAAGUUCCUUAGAGACGGCAUUGUCUCUGCUGAUAUGGUUGCUCUCUCAAUCACCCAAGAAUCAUGGAACUUCUUCAAGAAUGAUUUCAGUAACCACGUCGGUGUUGCCCCAGGUAUUGUUGGAACUAAAUUUAGAACUGUUACUCAAUACAUCAAUCACAUUGGUAUUUCAGACAUGGCCAGGUACAACGAGAAAGGUUAAGAUUAAUCCGCUCAACUUAAAUUCCCCUUCCAACUCCUCUUCUCCGCCCCUAAUGAACUCAAGAGCAGAUUCCCAGACAACUUCGAAAAGGACUUCACUGAUCAACUUAUCACAAUUCCUCAAGGAAGCACCCUCUUCAAUGUCUAUGCCCUUGCAGAUCCAAAGGCAGAAAAAGUUCUCAUUGGUCAUCUCGAACUCAACUCAGAGAUCACUAGAUCAAUGUUCGGUGAUACCAUGCUCUUCUUCGAGCACUAAAAUGGCGCUCAAGAUAUUGAUAUCAAGCCAGAGUGGAAAUCCGCAUUCAACCUUACUAGUCAAAAAAUUAGCGUCAAAAACGGAAUUGCCUGCCCACUUAACUACUUGAAACAAUACGUCAAGGACAGCAUUCAACAAAUCCAACAAUUCAUUUGA